AUGCUCAGCAGCGUUGGUUUGUUCUCACGUGGCGACAAGGCUACAGCUAAGCUUAUUCACGGCCUUGAGUGGUUCACUGUUAACAAAGACGGCAAGGGCUGUGUUAUGACAACAGGCCCAGGCUCAGCUCCAACACCACCAGAUUACUUGCUCAUGGGUCUUGGUGCAUGUGCAGGCAAUGGUAUCAAGUUCCUUCUUGACAAGAACGGCAUCAAAUACACAAAGCUCGAAAUCGAAGUUAAUUCUGACUGGGAAUACAAACCACAGAAGCGCCUUGACAACAUCCGCAUUGGUGUUUCUACCGAUGCAGAGUGCGACCACGAGAAACUCGAGAAGAUUGUUCAGCAAGCAGAACAAGGAAUCUGCCCAAUUGCAGGCACACUCCUGCACACACCAAAGAUCAAGAGUUUCCUCAAGUAA